AUGGAAUCGGCCGCUAAAAGUUUCUCAAUUGGAUCCUCUAGACUUUUAGCCUUGGCGCAGCAGCUGCGUGUAUACAAGCCGCCGCUUUCUUCACCGUUGGACGAGGCGGAAGAGAGCACCAGGAAACUCAUAUCUCGCGUUGGGUUUCAGGAGUCUGUGUCUCCGGUGAAGAAAGCCUCUGUCUUGAUCUGUCUCUUCGAAGGAGAUGACGGUGAUUUGCGUGUGAUUCUCACUAAGAGGUCUUCCACACUGUCUACUCACUCGGGUUUGUACUUUUUGCCUUUUUUGAAUUUGGUUUUGCUGAGUCUCAUAGAAAUAUUGACGACUUACAUCUUUGGAUGUAACGAUGUGAGCGGAACGUUUAAAGGAGAAGUUUCUUUACCAGGUGGUAAAGCAGAAGAGCAUGAUAAGGAUGCUGGGGUUACUGCAACCAGAGAGGCAGAGGAAGAGAUUGGAUUAGACCAUUCGCUUGUUGAUGUUGUUGCUUUCCUGGAACCAUUUAUGUCUCAGCAUCGGCUUAGAGUAAUUCCUGUAGUAGGAAUAUUGUGGGACAAAAAGGCAUUCAAUCCAACGCCAAGUCCUGCAGAAGUUGAAGCCGUGUUUGAUGCACCACUUGAAAUGUUUCUGAAGGAUGAGAACCGGAGAUCCGAGGACAUUGAGUGGAUGGGGGGAAAGCAUUUGAUUCACUUCUUUGAUUACAAAACAGGAGAUAAGGAUUAUGUUAUAUGGGGUUUAACUGCCAGAAUCUUGAUAAGAGCUGCAUCUGUGGUGUAUCAACGACCACCUGCUUUUAUUGAAGGGAUACCUAACUUUAAGUACUCCAGAAUGGUAGACAAACAUAUUUUUCCUCAUAUGUGA